AUGACAACACAAGAGAAGACAAAAGAGUAUCCUUUUGUGGAUAUAUUUAAUGAAGAUGAAAAUGAAAGGAACUUUUUGUUGUCCAAACCUGUUUGUUUUAUUAUAUUUGGAAAGCCAGGAGUUGGAAAGACAACAUUAGCUCGCCAAAUAUCACAGGCAUGGAAAUGUAUUCGUGUUGAAGCUUUAUCGGUUUUGGAGGAACAUCUUGCUGUUAAUGCCCAGACAGGAUAUAUGUUGCAAGACACGCUGACCAGUGGUCAAAGUAUUCCAGAUGAACUUAUCAUAAAGUUGAUGUUGGACAAGCUCAACUCUAUAGAAGUCUCUCACUUUGGUUAUAUUAUCACUGAAAUACCAUCAUUUUCACAGGAAACCAUAAGUAUUGUAGACCAAUUAGAAUUAAUUAAGAACUUAAAGUUGAAACCGGAUAUUAUAAUCAACAUUAAGUGCCCUGACUUUGAUCUAUGCCAAAGAGUUACUGGGCAAAGGCAGCACAGCAGCAGUGGGUACAUAUACCCAAGAGAUCAGUGGGAUCCUGAAGUCAUUGAAAUGCAUAGGAAAAAGAAGAAAGAAGCCCAAAAAGAAGGAAAAGGAGAAGAAGAAGGGGAAGAGGAAGAAGAGCAAGAGGAAGAAGAGACAUUUAUUGCUGAAAUGCAGAUGGUGGCUGAAAUUUUUCAACAUCUAGUUCAGAGGCCAGAAGAUUUUUUAGAAAAUGUUGAAGCCCUCAUUAAACUGUAUAAGGAAAUAAUUCUUCGUCCUAUAGAAGAAAUAAUGGCUGAACAUAGUUCCCAGUAUCUCAUUGAGCUAGAUGGAAACAAUCCACCAGAAGAACUAUUUCUGGUGAUGAUGGAGAGACUUAAAUAUCUGAACCUAAGAAGAGCAGCUGUUUUAACCAAACUUCAGAGUUCAGAGGAAGAAAUCAGUGACAUGCUAGAAAAUGGUGAGCUGUUUCGUACUCUUGCAUCUUAUAAACUAAUUGCCCCAAGAUACAGGUGGCAAAGAAGCAGAUGGGGACGUAUAUGUCCGGUGGCUCUAAAAGAAGGAAAUGUUUUCCCAGGAUCAUCAGAUUUAUCUGUGAGUUUUCUAGGUAAAAUGUACUGCCUUUCAUCAGAAGCAGCAUUAAAAACAUUUUUAUUGAACCCACGUCCCUAUCUUCUUCCACCUAUGCCAAUACCACCAUGCAAAGUCUUCGUAUUUGGACCUCAGUAUUCAGGAAAGACAACACUUUGCAAUUUGAUUGCAGAAAAGUAUAAAGGACAGGUUGUUGACUAUGCCAAACUUGUUCAACCACGUUUUAAAGAAUCCCUUGAAAAAUUAAUUGACAAUACAAUAGCUGAAGCCACUAAAACGGCUAUUAAAACUGUACAAGAGAAGCUUCUCACAGAUCUAGAAAAUAGGAAACAAGCCAUUAGAGCUUUAAGAGACUAUCAAGGGGAAGCUGUGAAAAAGGAGUAUGAAGAACUCCCCAUGGAAUUGUCUAAAAGCCUAGAAGACUUGUCCUCAAUAGCUGAAGAAAAUGUACUCCGCGAGAGCUCCCUAAAAGAAACCACUGUUGAGGAAAUGGAAGAAACAACAAUGAAGGAGGAGAAAAAUGGAGAUGAUCUCAAAGCCAGAAGUGAUAAAGAAGAUCAUAAAGAAAUUGAUGUUUUGAUAGAGGACACAAUAGAAGAGGUAACUGAAGACCAUCCUGAGGUAGUGGCUAUGAUGGAAGAAACUAGAAAAAUGACAAAGGAAAUGAACUUUGAGCAGCCGUUUGAAAAGUAUGCUGAAAUUUUAGAGAACGUCCUCAAAGAGGUAAUGAAGAAAAAUAAGAACAGAUUUGUUGAUGCCCCCAAAUAUGGAGGAUGGAUUGUAGAUAACUGCCCUUCCACGAAAGAUCUAUGGGUAGUCUUCAUCGAGAAGGGGAUUUUACCUGAUUUAAUUGUCUGUUUAACAGAUACAGAAGAUAAUGGAAAGUACUUACUUAAUAGAUUGUAUUUGCAGAAUAAAACUGAAAUUGAUGCUAAUAUUUUAGAAAGAUUACGAGCAGAACUACAAAAGAAAAAACAAGAAGAAGCAAAAGAAAGAAAAGCUGCAGAAGAAGCAAUGAAAAGAGAAGAAGAAAAUCAAAGGAUGUUGGAAGCUAUGGGUCAGAAAGAAAAAGUAACUGAAGAAGCUGAGCAAGACCCUGAAGAAGAGGAUGACACUGAGGAGUCAGAAAUCCCUGAAGGCCCUGAGAUCCUCGAAGCCACCAAAGAGACCGGACAGUCAUUUUUUACUGAGGCAUCUGAAGUGUCUGCAGUGCCCGAAACAGAACCUGAGUCAGCCAUUGACCCUAUUGAGGAGACCACAGUUGAAGCAGAAAUUCCAAAAGAAUCUAAAAAGAGCCUGGACAGUGAAAAAUCAUUUGAAACAGUUGUGCUGCCUGAGUAUCCAGCAGAUGCUUAUCCUGAUGUUCCUGAAAUGGAACCACUUAAAGACAAGAUUAAAGAUUUCAACCUCUCCUGGAAACAACUAGAAGGAACACUCAAUGAUUUAACUUUUAUUCCAAUUUUAAACUUGGAAAUUACUCGUAAAACCCCAGAAGAACUGCUUCAACAAGUAGUUGAGACUAUGGAAAAACCAUUUAAAUAUUCCGCAUGGGAGUUAACUAUAGAAGAUUAUGAUGAAGAAACUGAAGACUAUCAGGCUGAAGCAGAAUUGGAUGAGGAACUUGAAGAAGAGGAGGAAGAAGAAGGAGAAGAAAAAAUUAAAGAAAAGAGGAGACAUUUGGGAGAUACAAAACACUUUUGUCCAGUGACUCUCAAAGAAAACUUCAUCCUACAACCAGGCAACAUAGAUGAAGCAGCUAAAUAUCGGGAAAAGAUCUACUACUUUUCAAGUACUGAUGCAAAAGAGAAAUUUCUUGAACAUCCUGAGGAAUAUGUGUCUCAUGAAGAACCAUUAAAGGCUCCUCCAUUGAGACUGUGUAUUGUGGGCCCCCAUGGCUCUGGCAAAACUACAUGUGGAAGUUAUUUAGCUGAAAAUUUGGGCAUCUUUCACAUUCAGUUUGAAGAAGUCCUUCAAGAAAAAUUAAUGCUCAAAACUGAGAGGAAAUUUGGACCUGAAUAUGAGGAAGAUUCUGAGGAUGAACAAGCUGCAAAACAAGAAAUUGAAGAGCUAGCAAUGCAAGCAAAUAUUAAACUUGAAGAAGAAAGUACAAAGAAGCUUUCUCCAGAAAUACAGCUUACAGAAGAGGAAGAAGCAAUAAAAUCAAAUCUAAUAGAAAAUGAUCCAUUACCUCCAGAAAUUCUAGAAGGAAUUCUUUCUGAUUGGUGGUAUAAGGAACCAAUACGUUCCACAGGAUUUAUACUGGAUGGCUUCCCUCGUACUCGGGAGGAGGUCCAGUUUCUAGGGGAGCAUGGACUUUUCCCAGAUGCUGCUGUUAUUAUCCAAGUUGAUGACCAAGAUAUUUUUGAUCGUAUUCUUCCUUCCCAUGUUGAAAAGUGGAAACUGAAACAAAAGAAAAAAUUAGACAGGAAAAAAUUCAUCAAGGAUUUAAAGACAAAAAUAAGGGAUGAUACGAUUUCUAAAAGAAGGGCUGAACUUGUAUUAGAAAGAGAGAUAAGAAAGAAAGGGGAGACUGGUGCUAAAGAAGAAGAAGAUACUAGUGAGGAAGAGCCUGAAGACGAGGAAGAUGGCAGUAUUGACAACAUUCUCAAUGAAGAGUUUCCCAAAGACGAGGAAGAAAUGAGUGAUGAAGAUGAAGAACAGGAAACUGAUGCCACUGAACACCUGAGAAAUGAACUGGGAGAAAAAUAUGAAGCAGAUAUGACUAGUUUACAAUUGAUACAGGAUGAAUUUGAGAAGAUUUUGGUACCACUGAUUCAUAUUAAUGGAUCUCGGAAAAGUCACAUUGUCAAAUACAUGUUGCAUAACAAAGUGAAGUCACUGGUGGAAAAUCGUGUAAGCAUCUUUGAGAAAUGUUAUCCAGUAAGGCCACACAUUGCUCAGAAAUUGCUCAACUUAACCUACAAAUAUCAAAGCUCAUUUGGAUACUGGGACCCAGUAAAGCUAAGUGAAGGAGACACAAUCAAGCCAACGGAAAGUCCAGAGAAUCCACUUUAUCCUGUGAUCCAUCGUCAGUACAUUUACUUUUUAUCUAGUAAGGAAACUAAAGAAAAAUUUAUUAAGAACCCAAUCAAAUACAUCCGCCAGCCAAAACCCAAGCCUGCUGUGCCCAUUAGGAUUGCAAUUGUGGGGCCUCCAAAAUCAGGGAAAACUACAGUUUCCAAAAAUAUUGCAAGCGUGUAUGGCUUAAAACGCUUAUCAAUUGGGGAUGCUUUGCGUUAUAUAUUAACCAACCAACCAGAAACAGAGCUGGCACUUAUGCUAAAUUGGCACCUUCAUAAAGGGUUGACAGCACCUGAUGAACUGGCUAUUCAAGCCUUGGAAAUAUCUCUGAUGGACAGUGUAUGCAAUACUGCUGGUGUUGUCAUUGAUGGAUACCCUGUAACAAAGUAUCAAACAGAUCUCUUGGAAUCCAGAACAAUAAUUCCCAUGAUCAUCUUUGAGUUGGAUGUACCUUCUAAGGAGAUUUUCAGAAGAUUAAUACUGGAAAGAAAAGAGGUACAGAGUUUUUCUUAUCCAUUGCACAAUAGUGCACAUAUUAUAGCUGUUAAGAAUUCAAAGUACCGAAAACUCAUAGGUGAUAUUCGGCAGUAUUAUCAAGAACAACAUCAGAACUGGUAUGUGAUUGAUGGAUUUCACAGCAAGUGGUGGAUAUGGAAUGAAGUUGUUAAGAUCAUCCAGAUGAUAAAUAACUGUAUCCAGUUAUAUUUAGAAAAAAUAAAAUCAGGAAAAUCUGCCUGCAUUGACAAGCUAUGUAUCACACCUCAAGAACUGGUUUCUCACCUGGGAGAAUUUGGACAGUUUUGCCCUGUCAGCUUAGCAGAAUCGCAUGAAUUGUUUGAUUGCUCUAACACUAACUCCUUGGAAUUUGCUGCAGAGUUCAGGGGGCACUACUAUAAAAUGAAUUCUCUGGAAAAACUGAAUAAAUUCUUGGAGAACCCAGAAAUGUAUGUGCCUCCAUUAGCACCUUAUCCACUCCCAUCUGCAGACAUGAUCCCCAAAAGACUGACUCUGUCAGAGCUGAAGUCUCGGUUCCCUAAGUGUGCUGAGCUCCAAGGAUAUUGUCCAGUGACCUACCAGGAUGGGAAACAAAGAUACGAAGCCCUGAUACCAGGUAACAUUAACUAUGCUUUAGAAUACCGUGAUCGUAUAUAUAUUUGUGAAACUGAAGAAAAACUCCAAAAGUUUUUCAGGUCACCACUGAAAUACUGGAAUCAAAAACUUCCAAACAAACUUCCCCCAUUAAAGGAACCUAUACUUCUUACCAGUCUUCCAUUGCCUGGAUACUUAGAACAGGGUGUUGCGACUUCUCUAAUUAAAGCAAUGAAUGCAGUUGGAUGCAUAAAACCCAAAUUCCCCUUCUUAAGCAUACGAAGGUCUGCACUAUUAUUUAUAGCAUUUCAUCUAAAAGCAUUCAAUCCAAAAGGAUCUGAAUAUACACGGAAAAAAUAUAAAAAGAAGAUGGACCAGUUUGUAGAACGAUGUGAACUCAUAACAUACUUGGGUGCCAAGAUGACCAGGAAAUACAAGGACCCUCAAUAUAGAGCUAUUGAUUUUGACCAUAAAUUACAGACCUUCCUUUCUCUCAGAAAUAUAGACCCAGUUAAUGGAUAAUUUGUUUAG